UUUGUUUCGGCCAUCGUAAUAACAAUUAAACUAUAUUCCGAAAUUCUUUGACCUCCCUCCCUCGUCCCUCCUCUUUUCUUCAUUCUGUCGCAAUCUGCAAAUCUGAUUGGUCAUGGCUAAUUCUUCUUCAGCUCCGGCUACUUGCUCUGCUGCUCUGCCGAUUCCGGUUGAUCUCUUCCUAUCCAAUAAACAUCCCGACUACUUAACUAAUUCCUCCGGCGAUAUCAUUUUUAGACUCAGUCGUCAAUCUUCGAAAUCGCCGUCAAUUGACAAGAUACUACUGCUUGACGCCGCCGCCGCCGCCGAUCCUCUCAUUUCAAUACACCGCCAUAGCAAAGAAUCUUGGCAUGGCUUCAAGGGGGAUGUUGGUGAGGAGAACCUGCUCUUCAAAGUGCAUAGAUCAAUCAACAAACUCACAAGAACUGAGUUCAAAGUCUUCCUUCACGGUGAAAAUUUGGAUGACUCGAAUGCUAGCUUGGAGAUGAAAGGUUGGCCUUUCCAGAGAUCCUGUACUAUAUAUAAAGGCAAUACUAUAGUGGCCCAGACGAGCCUGAUGCACAAGCUUAAUCAAGUUUGGGUCAGAAGGGGAAGAUUUCGGCUAACCAUUUUUCCUGGUUCUGUAGAUCCGGCAUUGAUUGUGGCUUUGGUUGUAAUAUUCUUUGAUGGACGAAUGUAACAGAACUAAGAUAUAAUAAUACAAAAGUUGUUUGCCAAA